AAAAAGAGUGCGGAUCUGGGCGUCGCGCCGUACGAGGACACUCCACGCAAGCGCCGCGACGCGUCUCUGCCUCCCUCCGCUUCGCCAGUCGCGGAAGACUCGUCUCCCGCAACUCCGCCACCGGAGCCACCUCGGCGAGUAGGAGAUACAAACUGGUGCGACUGCGGCCGCUGCACGGCCAUGCCUACAACUCGGGAGUGUUUUUGCUGCCGUGAGCUGCCACAAGUUGUUCGGAAGCAGCCGGCUGAGUGCAUCACGGUGCACACCGACUUCUUCAAGCUGUGCCUUGACGUCGCCGUCCUCGCCGUGGCGUACUGCGAGGUCCGCGAGAAGGGUCUCGAACAUUCCCACGAGCUCCACGAGAAGUAUCGCUUUGUGGCAUACCGGCAGUUCACCCGCUGGAUGUGGGGUCGACUGGGAGCUGGCAACAGACGAGUGCUGCCUGCGUGCGUUGUGGAGAAAAUAAGAAAAACCUUCCCCUCUCAACAAUACACUGGCUUCAAGUAUCCUCCUCUGGACUGCGCACCAGUGGAUUGCUGAGCCAGGAAGCCGUCCAGUACACCCCCGAUCCUCUGGUACAUGGAUCAC